CUCUUUGAUACAAAUCUGGUGAUGUACCGGUGGGCCACCGUCUUGUUUCCUAGGCUUUCCUCCCCGGUCUUAUCCACAGUACUCUCUGUGCACGUCUCAUGAUACAGCAAUCUUAUACAUCGAGAGCCAGCCUGAAGGAAGAGAAGAAGAUGGAGUUCGGCUCCUCCCCAAAACGACAGAACACCACUAUGCCAAAGAAUGCGAGCUCCUCCUCUGGCGCUUUCACUCAUCGUCUCAAGCUUGACAUCUAUAAACAAGUCCAGGGUCCAUCCGAACGAUCUUUUGAGUCUCUUGCGAAGGACUGACGGAGUUCCACUAACGGUCUGACCAGUCGACCUGUAUAGUUGCCGAGGUACCGCUCGGGAUGCUACUGUCAGCCUCCGAUGACAUAUCCUU